AGUCACGUGAGCGGGGCUGCGGCGCUCCGCUCCGCGCCGUCAUGGUGGCCCCGGUGUAUGGUUCCCCCGGCGGCCGCCUGGCCCGGGCGCUGACGCGGGCGCUGGCGCUGGCCCUGGUGCUGGCCCUGCUGGUCGGGCUGUUCCUGAGCGGCCUGACGGGCGCGAUCCCGAUCUCGGGACGCCAGUGGGGGCCCAACGGGCCGGUCCCUCCCGAGUCCCGCAGCCGCUCCGUGCUCCUGGACGCCGAGACCGGCCAGCUCCGCCUGGUGGAUGGCCGCCACCCGGAUGCCGUGGCCUGGGCCAACCUCACUAACGCCAUCCGCAAGACCGGGUGGGCCUUUCUGGAGCUGCAGACGAACGGCCGCUACAACGACAGCCUGCAGGCCUACGCCGCGGGCGUGGUGGAGGCCGCUGUGUCUGAGGAGCUCAUCUACAUGCACUGGAUGAACACGGUGGUGAAUUACUGUGGCCCCUUCGAGUACGAAGUCGGUUACUGCGAGAAGCUCAAGAGCUUCCUGGAGACCAACCUGGAGUGGAUGCAGGAGGAGAUGGAGCUGAACCAGGGCUCUGCUUACUGGCAUCAGGUGCGGCUGACCCUCCUGCAGCUGAAAGGCCUCGAGGACAGCUAUGAAGGCAGUAUGACCUUUCCAACUGGGAGGUUUACCGUCAAACCCUUGGGUUUCCUCCUGUUGCAGCUCACCGGGGACCUGGGAGACCUGGAGCCUGCCCUGAAUAAGACCAAGACCAAGCACGUUAUGGGCUCUGGCUCUUGCUCUGCCCUCAUCAAGCUGUUGCCUGGCCAGACGGACCUCUUGAUCGCCCACAACACCUGGACCUCCUACCAGAACAUGCUGCGCGUCAUCAAGAAGUACCGGUUCCAGUUCCGGGAAGACCCCCAAGAAAACUCUCCCCUGGCUCCUGGCAACAAGCUGGUCUUCUCGUCCUACCCUGGCACACUCUUCUCCUGUGACGACUUCUACAUCAUGGGCAGUGGGCUGGUGACACUGGAGACCACCAUUGGCAACAGGAACCCGGCCCUCUGGAAAUAUGUGCAUCCCAAGGACUGCGUGCUGGAGUGGUUGCGUAAUGUGGUGGCCAACCGCUUGGCCUUGGACGGGGACGCCUGGGCAGACACCUUCAAGAGGUUCAACAGUGGCACGUACAACAACCAGUGGAUGAUCGUGGACUACAAGGCAUUCAUCCCUGGCGGGCCCAGUCCCAGGAACAGGGUACUCACCAUCCUGGAGCAGAUCCCGGGCAUGGUGGUGGUGGCCGAUAAGACCUUAGAACUCUACCAGAAGACCUACUGGGCCAGCUACAACAUACCGUACUUUGAGAGUGUGUUCAAUGCCAGUGGGCUGCAGGCCCUGGUGGCCCAGUACGGGGACUGGUUCUCCUAUGAUGGGAGCCCCCGGGCCCAAAUCUUCCGGCGGAACCAGUCGCUGGUGCAUGACCUGGACUCCAUGCUCCGGCUCAUGAGGUACAAUGACUUCCUGCACGACCCCCUGUCGCUUUGCAAAGCCUGCAACCCCCAGGCCAACGCAGAGAACGCCAUCUCGGCCCGCUCUGACCUGAACCCAGCCAACGGCUCCUACCCUUUCCAGGCCCUGCACCAGCGCUCCCACGGGGGCAUAGAUGUAAAGGUGACCAGCAUGGCACUGGCCAGGGCCUUUCGCAUCAUUGCCGUCAGUGGCCCUACGUGGGACCAGCUGCCUCCGUUCCAGUGGAGCUCCUCGCCCUUCAGUGGCCUGCUGCACAUGGGCCAGCCUGACCUCUGGAAGUUCUCGCCCAUCGAGGUCUGGUGGGACUGAGUCUCCUUCUCUGCCCUGCUGAGCCCCAGUGGGGCCGCCCUCGGCCGCCACCCUGACCUCCUGCCCGACCC